AUUUUUUUGUGGUAAAUCUCGCUGAUACUCGGCUUCUAGCAUCGCAAACGUCCAAAGGGGCGCUCAUUUACCGCUUAUUUUAUCGUUCGUCUCAUUUUACCCGGCUCUCCGUCCCUCCACCACCGAUCCCUUCACUCUUCUCCGAAUACGGAGAAAGAGAGGGAGAGGGUUGAAGAUCUAGCUUCACGCAAUUGCUCCGAUCUCUGUUUUUCGCUUCGCGGCUGCCGGAAAAGAAGAUGAGCGCGAAUCCGAUGCCAGCAAGUUCCCAUGGAAACCUGGACGAGCAGAUCGCACAGCUGAUGCAGUGCAAGCCACUCUCCGAACAAGAGGUCAGAGUAUUGUGUGACAAAGCAAAGGAGAUUUUGAUGGAAGAAAGCAAUGUUCAGCCUGUGAAAAGCCCUGUGACAAUUUGCGGUGACAUUCAUGGACAGUUUCAUGACCUUGCAGAAUUGUUUCGUAUUGGUGGAAAGUGUCCAGAUACAAAUUACUUAUUCAUGGGAGAUUAUGUAGAUCGUGGGUAUUACUCUGUUGAAACCGUUACGCUUCUUGUGGCCCUUAAAGUGCGAUACUCUCAGAGAAUCACCAUUCUUAGGGGAAAUCACGAAAGUCGGCAGAUUACACAAGUUUAUGGUUUCUACGAUGAAUGCUUAAGAAAUUAUUGGUUAUCUCUUUGCAGGUAUGGUAAUGCUAAUGUGUGGAAGAUUUUUACCGAUCUCUUUGAUUAUUUUCCAUUGACAGCAUUGGUUGAGUCAGAAAUAUUUUGUCUGCAUGGUGGAUUAUCCCCAUCCAUCGAGACACUUGAUAACAUUCGCAACUUUGAUCGUGUUCAAGAGGUCCCUCAUGAAGGGCCAAUGUGUGACCUACUAUGGUCUGAUCCAGAUGAUCGAUGUGGUUGGGGCAUCUCUCCUCGUGGUGCUGGAUAUACAUUCGGACAAGACAUUUCAGAACAAUUCAACCAUAACAACAACCUUAAGCUGAUUGCUAGAGCGCAUCAGUUAGUCAUGGACGGAUAUAACUGGGGUCAUGACCAAAAAGUUGUAACCAUUUUCAGUGCACCUAACUAUUGCUAUCGUUGUGGGAACAUGGCUUCCAUACUAGAAGUUGAUGACUGCAAAGGUCACACAUUUAUUCAGUUUGACCCCGCACCAAGGAGAGGCGAACCUGAUGUAACACGAAGAACUCCUGAUUAUUUUCUAUAAUUCAUCAUCCUUUUAUAGCAUGUCACUGAUUUCUGGUUGCAAAUGUAGACUUGCUAAGGCGGCGUACGUAACCGGUUUAGGGACAACACUUAUCGUUUGUUUCAAGCUGCUUAACUUAGCGGUUUGAAGGGUAGGAGAGAACACGUAUAUUGUGGAUGGGGAAGGAUUUUGAAAUUCUUUUUGCGAGAUUUUAAGGACUUGCUCUUGAUUUUCAAUUUGUGGUUGCGAAAGCAGCGGGUCCACGGUGGACAUAGGCUCUCUGCAGCAGGAGGAUGUGUCAUCUCAUUUCCGUGUCCUGUGAUUCCGCUCCCUUGUUUUGAUUUUGCCCCUUCUAGUAUAUUUACUUUAUUUUCGGUCUGUGUAGAGAUUAGUGAUCAAUGUUAGUGUGUGCAAUUCUUAGCUUUUAAUAGUUCAUUUGAGUAAUUUUUGUUGAAAUGAUUGUUGCCUGCAAUCCAACCCAUCGUUUCGACUUUGUGUAAUAUCUGCAACUUGUUUUGUAUGUUAUCAAAUUACCAACAUUUGCUUUUGUAAUAGAGCUGUUUUUUCGUCCA